GUCUUGGUGAAGCUGCGAUUUCCUGUGGCAGGGAGUGAGCAGCCCAUGGGUACGUGAGGAUAGUGGGAUUGUAUGCCGAAGCAGUGAUACUGACACCUGACCAGGUUACUGAUUCGGACUUCGUUCAUUCCCCGACGAUGCGACGAACCCGGACCAGAGUCAUCGACGUCGACAGCGGUCUCCAGCGGGCUUGAGACCCAUCCUUGCCCUCAGCCCUCACCAUGACCGAGCCACGCUACACCGUCGACACCUUCAAGCCUCUGCUGAACCGCGUCACUCAGAAGCCUGAGUACUUCACGGCCAAGGACCUGCGGCGCGCCUUCGAGCACAUCUUCGCUGACCCGCCUGUCCUUCCGGAUACUAUCGUCGGAGCAUUCCUCACUGCGCUGCACCUGCACCGCAUUGAGCGGCGCCCAGAAAUGGUGAGGGCAGCGGCGAGCGUCCUGCGUGAACGCGCGCUGGCGGUGGAUGUGGAGGGCUGGGAGGAGGACUUCGUGGUCGAUAUCGUAGGCACUGGCGGCGAUGGGUAUUCGCUAUUCAAUGUCAGUACAACCGCAGGCGUUGUGGCUGCCGGCGCGGGUGCAAGGGUGGUCAAGCAUGGAUCGCGCGCUAGCACCUCAGCCUCGGGCUCCGCCGAUCUCCUGCAAUCCCUAGACUGCCUAUUCCCCGCCCCCGCCCCCGACAUCGCGAACCCGAUCCCCAGGAUCCCAUUCACCUUCAUCCUCGCCCCCCACUACCACCCCGCCCUGGCGCGCCUCGCGCCCUACCGCAAAGCCCUCCCCUUUCGCACCAUGUUCAACGUCCUCGGGCCCCUCCUCAACCCCGCGCGCCCCAAGGGCAUGGUCCUCGGCGUCGCAGAGAAAGAGCUCGGCGAGACCUUCGCGCGCAGCGUGCAGGAGGCCGGCGUGCAGCGCGCGAUGGUCGUCUGCGGUUACGAAGGGCUGGACGAGAUCAGCUGCGCGGGUCCGACGCGCGUGUGGACCUUCGACUCGGCGAAGGAGCAGCAGAUCAAGGAGAGCACCAUCUCACCUGCGGACUUUGGGCUCCCGGCGCACCCGCUGGGGGACGUCGCGGGCGCGUCGCCCGAGGCGAACGCGGAGACUUUCCAGCGCCUUUUGCGGAGGAAGGGGACGGAGGUGGAGGCAGAUUUGCUUGCGGUGCUGGACUUCGUUUUGAUGAACGCGAGCGCCUUGUUGGUAGUGGCGGGCAUCGCGAAGGACUUCAAGGAUGGAGUCGCUCGUGCACGGGAGAGUAUCGUGAGCGGGAAGGCAUGGGAGACUCUGGAGAUAUUCCGUGAGGAAGGGAAGAAGGCAACUGUAAUGGCAUGACAUGACUUUCGAAGCUCAUGCACAAGUGCUGUUGGGCUGCUCAUUUUUUUAGGCAGGGGAUGGUCUAGUUCUUCUCGUUUUCAUGUAAUUGAGGUAAGUUAGCUGUCGUUUUGAGACGACCUAAGGUGCCAAGAGAACUAGGACAGACGGACGCGAAGGCCUCCCAUCGGCACUAUGGCGGAGUGGUUAACGCGAGAGAUUCGAACGCUCGAUAUCUCUUCCUCUUCGAGGGCGCAGGUUCGAAUCCUGCUGGUGUCGUGAGAAGUUCGACGAAAUGGAUGCUUCUAGUUUAUUCUUUUUUGCUUGAGCCCCCGGAUGAUUACUGAGCAUAACUGAUGCAGUAGCUUACAAAGACGGCUUUGAGUGUGGACAACGAAAGAGAUUUGUUGGCCUAAUUGACUUCAGGACCGUCACUAGCAUAGGGCCCCCAUAUCGCAGACGUGGAAUACAAUCGCGAAGGCUUCCCCG